AGCACCUUCUAUAGUCUUCGUCCUAGCAAACCACAUCCCGAGCAAGUAAGCAUUGCAAAAAUCUUUGAUAUCCAAGCUGUCUCUUAAUAUUAUGUCAAAUACAAAACAGUUAUAUGUCUUCAGUGACUUUGAUGGCACCAUUACUCAGCAAGACUCCAAUGACUAUUUGAGUGAUAACUAUGGUUUGGGUCAAGCUAUGCGUGUUCAACUGAACCAAAAAGUUAUCGAAGGAACACUUAGUUUUCGUGAUGUGUUUGCCAGAAUGCUCAAUAGUGUACCAUUGAAGUAUGAAGAAGCUCUUGAGACUAUGAAAAAGAACGUUGCUAUUGAUCCUGAUUUCCCUCCUUUUUAUGAUUGGUGCAAGAAAGAAGGCGUUCGUUUAGUAAUUCUCUCAAGCGGGAUGGAGCCCUUCAUUCGUCAUCUUUUUGAACAAUACUUGGGUAAGGACGAGGCUUCCAAAAUUGAAAUCGUCUCCAAUGGCAUAGAUGUACAUGAAGAUGGUACUUGGAACAUCGUCUAUCAUGACGAUACUCAUUUCGGUCAUGAUAAGAGUCUCACCAUUCGUCCAUAUGCUCAACUUUCUGAGGAAAAGCGACCUCACAUGGUCUACUGUGGAGAUGGUGUCUCUGACUUAAGUGCUGCCAAAGAAACCGAACACUUAUAUGCAAAGAAGGGACGCGAUUUAAUUACAUAUUGCAAGAGAGAAAACGUUUCCUAUACCGAAUUUGAGACGUUUGCAGAUAUCCAUAAGGCCUUGAUUGAAUUUAAGGCCAAAAUGACCGCUUAAAGUUUGUCAUCUCUUUUUUUAUAGAGCUAUUACUAUACAACCUUGUCAUUUCAUAAGUGAUAUCGUUGUCUUUAGCAAGGAAUUGUUUGCUAAACUAGAUGUGAACCAAAGAGAAGAACGAAAUCAAACCAUUUGUAAUUAUUUUAUUGAGAAGCAGCCAAUAAUAAAACCAAAAAAACUAUCAGAAAUAUGAAUUUAUUUCAAGCAAUCCUUUGUUUAUAAUCUGAUAAUAUAAGCUUC